AUGACGAAUCUAAAGCUCCUCAUCUUUGGGAUGCACCCUCGAGAGUUCUACAGCCUGAACCAGAGAGAUAUCGAGUGGGAAUUGACUCACCGACACUCAAAGGACAUUGAUGACGAGACACUUCUGGAACUUUACACGAAGUGGCUUGCCAGGCAGACUCCUUUUCUGGGCCUUACAGAUCACACAGCCUCUUCCAGGGUCAUUCGAGAUGCCUGCGACUACCUCAGCUCUAGGAAGUACGAAAAGCAUCUUGUGCUCAGCGCCUUCAACCAGCACAAAAAAGACUUCCUCAGAGACCGACCUCAGGAUAAGCGGACCUUCAACCUUGCCAGACGGGACAUCGAAAUCAACUACAAAUUGCGUGGUGUCCACCACAAGGUGAAGAAGUCAUCUGCCACAAAAGAGGCAGCCUUGGCCGCGCGCCUGCCAUAUACAUCCCUACCUGCUGGACUUUACACCCAAGCGAGCGAGCCAGUCCCCGAAGUUCGGAAAUCGGGAAACAUACGCCCUGACGCUGAAGAUUCCCGUCCCAGUCGUCGGCGGAAGCUCAUUGACCGAUCGCCUGAGACUUUGUCUUUGAACCAGCAGAAGCCUCAUGCUGGCUACGUAUGCAAUCGCUGCGGAAUAUCAGGUCACUUCAUUCAGCACUGCCCCUCGACCAAGCCUCUUCUUCAUAAGAAGUACGUCUGCCACAUCUGCGGAGAGUGUAGAGAUCACCUUAUCCAAGAUUGUCCUCAGAAGAGGGCCAACACUUCCACUGCUUCCCUCCGACAACGGUCUCGGAACACGGCGAUAUCGAGCGAAGACCUGAGACAGAGCUCAUCGAGAAAGCGCAGUCACUCCAGAUCUGUCAGCCAAAGUUCCAGCAUCAAUGGACGCUAUAUGAAUGAGGAGCGAGCCCGACUUUUGCAAUCUAGCCCUGACAGCGACCAAGACGAAUCACCGAACUUCCAAGAAUUCAGUGUAGGUCCUCGUCAGUCUGGAAGCAACUCUCAACCACUCGGACAUCGACUUCGUUCGGACUUUUAUCGCCCUAUCGACUUGAACCUUGCGGAUGAUAGUAACCGUCCCGAGAGACCACGUCAACGCGUUGACACUUAUCGCCCCAACGACACUCGUCAAUUCCUCGAUACGUACCGUCCUGAUCCUUCCAGCCGUCUUGACGAUACGUUCCGCUCUGAUGAGCAUUCUCAUCUCAAUCUUGCCUAUCGUCCUAAGGAAUCGGAGAGAACUGGUGCCUUGGGCCUGAAAAAAGCCAUAGAGCAGAGUCUAGAUAGAGAAUUUGACGAGGAAGAGGCGAAGCUUCGAUCCCGCCUGACCAAACGGCACACUGACGGCAGACUCUCUCCUUGGGACGAUAUCGAACGACCGGCGAAGAGACAGCGGCACGAACACCCCUUUGCUGGCGGUCUCCCUUGGGACGACGUUGAGAUGCCUCCCAAAGAGAAACACCAAUCUGCUCUCGUGGGCCAAACUAUGCAGAGCCUUGGAACUGCCAAGAAAGACUUGGACGUCGGCACAGAAACGAAGCCAGCUGGCGCAUCCGAGAGUAUUCCCAUGGACAAAGGCGGAGCUUUAGACUCAGCCGAAGAUAUGGAGCCUGGAAGAGUAACUGACUCGCUGUGGAAGCAAGCAAGCAUGGAGUCGGACGAAUUUUUCGCGGCGUUGGGAAGAGAGCUUUUCUUCCGAGCGCAGCCAGGUGCCUUCGAGAUCAUGCCUAUCACUCAGUCGAACGAUGGAAGUAUGGUCAUGCAGUCCGCUUCUCCGCCGUCUGCGACUUUCCAGGAAGAAAGUAUCAUGCCCAGAAACCUCGAUUCUGAUGAUUACUACAAUGGCAACACCGACAACGACGAUGCUUCCAUGGAAGAUGCCCCUGACGAGAUGGGUCAGGCUCCAAGCACCCCCAUCGAGGUGAACCAUGGCUCAUCUCAUGCGGAGGAGGUUAUUAUCCCUUUACAAACCUUGAAGCCUCUUCAUAGAGGUUCUCCGUACGAUCCUCACGUCUUGGCUCUGUUCCGAAGCAGGCGGCACGAGAACGUUUACGUCAAUAUUGCUCGCCGACGCACCGCUAUUGAGAUUGAUGAGGCUUGGGAGCCGGAGGAGGAACACUCGGCCACCUCGAAAAUAGAUGAGUAG